AGUUGGAUUUGUUGUUUUUUUUUAAUGGAAGAAAUUAUAUAUUUUAUAACUGCAUUAAAUAAUAACUGUGAUAAUGAAUUAAGGCCCAUUUGAUUAGCAGCACCUGAAUGCUACCUUGUUAAUUCAUAUAAAGGCAUUAAGGGUACAUUGUUUUUUUUCCACAUCCAUUUCAGCCUAGUUUUUGUUAAGUAUAUAAUCACAGUGUACCAUGUUGUGUAGUUCAGGUUGUAUAUUUACCUUAUUUUCACAUGACGGUAUAUAUUAGAUAUACUAGUGGUAGCAAUAAAUGUAUUUUGUAGCACCUCAAGUUGACAUACACAACAUUUAUGGUAGUUUCUGAAAUAAAAGCUCUGCACCUCCGGUCCAGCUGGUGGUGCUGUGUACAGCUAUAUGAUAAUAAACAUUUGACGAAUAAGACGCGCAGGAUGGGGACACGCAUGAAGGUGCUCCGGGUGUUCAAAGAUUUGCACAAAACACGAAAAGAUGUAUUUAAAGAUGAUAGCAGAGCAUUGACAGCUGCUAGGUUACAAAUCAAUGAAGGAUUCAAAAGAAACAAAAAUGAAACAGCUGAUGAAAAUAUUAAAGAGAUGCUUAAAAUGGCCCAAGCAGUUGAGACAAUCCUUCGUGAAAAUGUAAUACAAGCAGAACAUAUAGAGGAAAAUAAAGUCUUGUUACGGCCAAGGGAGAGUCUCCUGCUAGAAAAUGUACCUUACUGUGAUAAACCCAGAAAAAAGACAUAACCUGAAUAAUUGUCUGUUUUUUCCCCCAUUCCACUUUGCUUGGUGUAUUAACACUUUUACCGAAGAUAACAGUUAACUUGAUGUAAAUGUAUUAAAUUAAGGACCCUUCAUCUACUGUACACUGUAAAUAGUAUUCACUUGGCAUAAUAUUUAAUGAAUAAUACAGAUCUCACAUUUGUUUGACUCUUAUUAUAUUUGCCUUUGGUGAGACAAAACAGGAAGCAAUGCAGAAAGUAGUUGCCUCAAUAGAAAGUAUUUUUUUUAACAUGUUACAAUGAGUAGAAACUCCAAUGAGGUUGGGUGUAAAAACUAUUUAGUACCAAAUAGUGAAAUACAUGACUUGCUAUAAACUUCUACUUCAUGAAUAAAGAUGGCAAAAAUAAAAUCUAUGGGUCUUUACAUAA